AUGCCCCCAAAACCUGGCCGCCUUGCUUCCAUUUUCCGUGCAUGCGUGCACUGGGAAGCUUUGACACAAGCGGUUCGUCGAGACGGUCUUGCAGCACUUGGCCGCCCACGACAAAUUCGAGAUGCCGCUUCAGCAAAAUUGCUCACUGGCAAUUUUAUCGCUUACGAAGACACAACCAUUGUUCUCGAACUGGGCCCUGGGCCAGGCAAUCAGACUCAUCGUUAUGAUACCUCUCUUGUCAAACAUGUCUAUGGGGUCGAACCUAAUCCCCACUUUAAGGACGACAUAGAUGCCAAGUUGGACAAGCGUGGCCUGCGCGAUAGGUAUACGCUUAUAGCUUGUGGCGUUGAAGACAGCGAUGUUCUGAGAGAAGUGGGAAUCACAGAGGGGAGUUUGGAUGCCGUGUUAUGCAUCCAGGUCCUGUGUGCGGUAAAGGAUCCGAAUAACGUGAUGAAGGAGGUGUGGAAGCUCCUCAAACCUGGAGGCAAGUUUAUAUUCUGGGAACACGGAUGGAGUAGAAACCGGUUGACGACCGUGGCGCAAGACAUUGUCAACAGUGGAGAGUGGGAAAAUACACACGAGAUUGAAGAACCUGAAGACCCGUUUAGUUUGUUGCCUAGGAUCCAGGGUGUGCUUGUCAAGAAGAAGGCUUAA